GACCGCGAAAUCCAACAUUUAAAUCAUUACUUAGCUUAUAUGUUUCAUUGUCCUUUCCAAAUACUAAGUACUUCUCGUAUUCUAGUUACUUAGCGUUUCUGCAGGGUUCGAUCUAUCUAGAAUAAUAAUCGCGUUACAGAUUCGCUAUGAAAUCUAUCAUGUUAAACAUCAAAUGCCGGUCAGUGUUUACAUGAACUGUCAAACUACAUGUGACGGGCUGAUCGAGAUGUAAAAAAACACGAGAUACCUGUGAAUGUUUUGUUAUUAUAUUCUUAAAUGGAAAUACUUACAAUUCAUAUCGGGAUCAAUUCCAUACUAAAUAAACUAAGAUUUUCUGCUUGAAUUUUAAUUUUUCUUUUGUUUAUGUUCUGUCUUAACUGUGAUGUAAGAUUGUGUUUACAUGAAUGGUAUGAGCAGGUGAUCAGCUGUUGUAGUACUAUUUGAAUACAGAACUCAUGGCUGCUACAUUCUGCUGGCACAGAAAUAUCUCAGAAAGAUAAAACUGGACUUGUGUUAUGGAUAAUGCUGAACAAAGUUCAAGACCCCCAUCUAAGGGCAUUUUUGACACUGCUAGCUUGCUAGCCCCCUCCUCUACUCUCUUCAGCUCUCAGCCACCCACUCCAGUUCAGUCUCCAUUACCUCAUCUAGCUCAUUCUCCAAGUGCUUUCUCAGUUUUGGGAAGAAAUGCUGUACUCAUACCUCCACCUUCGUCAAGCUCUGGCAGUACCUCACCUUCAGCGAGCAGCAAAAUUUGCUCCCCCAUUAUGCACCAUUCUGCUUCUGAUGCUCUUUCAUCUUUGGCUUCAUCUUCAGGCCCUUGCAGUUGGUGGUCAUCUCCUCCAAUAGGCAGCAGCUCAGAAUUUCCAGGAUGUGGAGUGCCAAUGUCAGAUCCAUUUGGAAGAUCUAGUCUUUGUGGUCGUUCAACAGUACCACCUGCUCAUCUCUCUGUUCAACAACCUCGAAGAAUAGUGGAAGAAGUAUUAGGUCAUUUAUAUGCCAAACCACCUACAGCUGAAGCAAAGAAUGAAACAUCAACCUCAGGUAUUCCUAGUCCUCAAACUCUUUGCAAAUCUAAUAUACUACCGAAUUUAGUGGGUGUCUCUCCUAAAAAGUUGUCAAAAGGAAGAUCUGAUAAAGACAUUAAUCAUGCAAAAAUUAGCGAUAAACCUAAAACUACUUCAAAUAAUAUACCAUCUCCGGUACCAGGCAUUACCUCUUUCUCAGGGAAUCAGUUAAUGAAAACUUCCUCUAAAAAGUCAAAGGAAUCAAUUAGUGAUCAAAUUGCCAGGCUGCUGCCAACUGGUGAGAAGCCACCUUCUAAACGAAAGAGUAAGCCUAAGAGCUGCAAACCAGACGCUAUUAAAAAUGGCAAGGAUUCUAAAACAGAAAAGAAACAAGGCAAACAACCGAAAGAGAAAAAGACUAAAAAAUCCAGCUCCGAGAGCGAUGGUCACAUAGACUCUAGCUGUAGCAGCACUGGUGCUGAAAGUUCAGGUGCUGUUAGCUCUAGUUCUAGUGAUACAAGUGAUGAUGAGGAAAGGGAAAAACAGGCAAAACAGUUAGCUAGGCUAAAAAAACAACAGCAAGAACUUCAAAGAAAAGUUCAAGAAUUAACACAUCAAAAACCUGAUGUGCAUGUGAAGAAACCUUCUUCCAGCUCAAAGAACUCUCUGCCCCCUGGUGGAGCCCUAAACCAUACCUUGAAACCAGUUCCUAGUCCGGCACAUUCUUCUCCCGUGAUGCCAGUUCCACCGAAACCUAUAUCUCCUGAAGUCAAACCAAACCAAUGUGAUCCUCUUAUAGAAGAAGAGCAAAACUUAGCUUUUCCUUUGGACUUGUGUGUGAAAAAACAAGAACCAACUUUUGAUGUGACAACUUCCAUAACAACUUCAUACAUGCCAAUAAUGACAAUGACAACUCCUAAAACUAAACCACUGAAAACUACGGGUAGUAGUAGUAACAUUUCUGGUGCUAAUUCCAAUAAAUCUGCUGCUCCUAAGAAACGGGGUCGCAAGCCAAAAACAGCUCAAAUGCCUCUUAAUCCUACUCCUGCACACUCUGAAAAGGUGCGCCAGAUAAAAAGAAACACAAUAAAAGACAUUUCUACACUACUAAUGCCCACUAAAAUGGACAUGAUGCCAACACAUAUGAUGAAUUCUACCUUACUAAAGCCUGGUAAUUCUGGCCUGUGUCCCAAAGUUCAUGCACCUAACACACUAGGAAACCCCAAUGACAUGCUACAUCAUCGGAAAAACUUCACUCUGGACAGUUUGUUAAGUGAAACGAAUGGGGGUCUCGACAUGAUGCAUUUCACUGAGGCAGAUCAUUCAAUGUUUUCUGCUGCCGCACUUGCUAGCAGAAAUUUCAAAAGCAAAGACAGGAUGAAAAGUAACAGUAACAAUAUUAACAAGAUGAGGAAGUUUGAAGAUAAAGUCAAAGAAUCUGAGUCACCAUCUAACUUAGAAACUUCCUCACCAUCUGAAACUGAUCCCGAUGAGGACAAUUCAGAUAGUGAAGAUACUGAACAUUCUGGUAGCUUAGUUGAUGGUCAUAAAAGAAAACAUUCAUAUGAUGAUGAUAGUGAAGAUUUUAGGAAUAAGAAAAGAAGAGUUGUGCCUGAUGAAAGAGAGGUCCAAAUACCCCUUGAGCAUGGAUGGAGAAGAGAGACCAGAAUAAGGUGUUUCAGUCGAUCUGGUGUCAGGGGAGAAGUAGCGUAUUAUGCUCCUUGUGGCAAGAAACUUCGUAGUUAUCCUGAAGUUGUAAGAUACUUAAUUAAGAAUGGAAUUACAGACAUCUCUAGAGAUAACUUUACAUUCAGUUCAAAAGUCAAUGUUGGGGAUUUUCUAGAAUGCACAUCAUCAGGAUCAGGACAGGAUUAUGUCUUGUUAAAUGAACAAGAAGUUCUUGCCAGGAUUGAAGAAGUCCGAGCUAGAAAAGGUCGUUUGGGUGUGCAGAAUCGCAAGUCGUCCCAACAUCGAUCUGCAGAGGAGGAAGAACAGCAAAGACAAUGGGAACAAAAACAAAUACAACAUCAUUUAGAACAACAAGCAAGGGCUCGAGAAGCUCUCGAACUGAAGAUAGUGAGGCAAGCACAACGUGAACAAGCCUUAGUGGCUGCUAGAGAAGAAAAAAGAAUGAGAGUAGCCGAGGAAAGUCGAAAACAAAAAGAACAGCAGCGACUGAUGAAACAACAGGAGAAGUUUGAAAGGAUAGAACAGUUAAGAAUUGAAAGAGAAAUUAGAGCUCAACAAAUAUUAGAGGAACAAGAAAUAAAGAGACAGCAAGCUGUGUACAUGCGAGAACAGGAAAUGCAGAAACGUAGAGAAAUGCUGUUAAUGGUUGAUUUGGAAAGAGAAAGACGUCGGCAGCAUAUGAUAUUAGUCCGAGCACUUGAAAAUAGAAAGAAACAAGAAGAAAGAGAAAGAAAACGUGAAGAAAUUUUAUUUGAAAAGAGGGUUAAUAAGGAAAAGAAAAUGGAACAAAGACGAAUGGAACUUGAUUAUUUACGAGAGCUGAAGAAACCCGUUGAUGACAUGAUGCUGAAGGAUCUUAUGCCAUUGCCUACAUUGAACCGAAUACCAGGUGUGAAGUUAGCUGGCAAAGCUUUUGCUGAUAUACUAAUGGUAUUUGAAUUCCUUCAUAAUUUUGGAGAAACACUGGGCUUUGAUGUGGAUAGUUUACCAACUUUAAACACCUUGCAAUCUGCUCUUUUGAACUUGGAUGAAAAAUGCGAAGAAGAAUUGUUGUCUGUUGUCCAUCAUCUGCUUGUCUGUGCAAUCGAUGAUCCUGGGGUGCAACACAGCUCAGAGUCAGCUACUGUUCUUGGACAAAAUUUAAAAGAUGCUGACAUCACAAACAAUAAUGUAUCUGAAGUUUUGCGAUUAUAUUUUAUUGCUCAAGAUAAGAGAUUACCAAUGCUUUCUUGGUUGCAAGCAAAACCUUUCUUGUCUUUAAAUGCUUCACAAAAAGCUGAAACAAUAGCAUAUUUAUGUGAUGAACUGUUAACAAGUAGAUUACUCACAAGGCAAAUUGACAAUAAUAUUGAAAAUGUUAAUGUUCUUAGAAAAGACAAGUGGCUUGUUGAAGGAGAACUACGCAGGUAUCGGUCCAUUCAACAACGGCGAGCCUUAAAAGCAAGAUUGAGUGCAAUGGAAGAAAAUCGUGAUAAUCCUAACUGUGCAAAUAUGUUAUCAGCUGAUAUUCCAGAUUUCAGUUUGACCGAACCUAAAGAAAAUCAGUCGAAUGCAGACGAGUCAGAUUUGAAAGAGAAAACAGAUAAAGAAAAGUUAGAGGAUAUGGAAAAAGAACUUGACAAUGAGAGUGGAAAUGAAAGUGAUGACACGCAAGCCCCUGCUCAUAUGUCUGAAGGCGAAGAAGAUGAUUUGCAUUUAUCUAAUGAUGAAAUUAAUAAGAAAAUUGAUAAACUUUCUAAACAAUUGACUAUGUGUUCCAAUAAAUUAACAAAAGCUUUCUAUACCAUCCGUGGUGCUACCUUUGGAAUGGAUAGGUAUCAUCGACGUUAUUGGGUGCUUCCUAAAUCUGGUGGUGUGUUUGUGGAAUCCAUGGAAUCCUCUUUGAAACCUGAAGAAAGAGAGAAAGUUUUAUCUUCUGCUAGGCCAGCCCCUAAGAUAACAGAGGAAGUAGAAGAAAAAAAUGAAACAGAAGAAGAAAAAGCACCAGAAAAAGAGGAAACUGCAAUCAAAAGUGAAGUAAAAGAUGAAGCAGAAUCUCCAGAAAAGAAUGAUAAAAGUAACGAAAUAAAACCAGAACCAAUAAGAACUGAUGAUGAAAAAACAGAUGUCGAAGAUGUGAAGCCUGUGGUAAAAGAAGAAAUGGAAAUAUGUGAAAAUACUGAGAAUAAAUCUGCAGAUUCUGAAGAAACUGUAAGCAGCACCACCCCAGAUAAAGUAGAUGAAGAGAAGAUUAAAUGUGAUAUUAAAGAAGAGGAAUGUACUAUGGAAAUAGAUUCUAAAGAUGUUUCCAAAAAUGAUGCUGAAGAUGUCAGUGAAAAUAAAAUUCCUGAAGUAAAACCUGCUGUGAUAACUGAUCUCGUCGAAAAUGAUUCUAAAGAUAAAAUUAGCAAAGUGGAAGUGGAAGAAAUGUCCAUAGACGAUAAAGAAGAAGCGAAAGUUGUUACACCUGAUAAAGAGUCCAAAAUAAAAGAACCUCCUUUAAAUUUGAAAAAUGAAGAACAUAAAAUAUUCUCACCGAUUAAGUGUGAAAAAGAUCCGAAAACACACUCUUCAGUAAGUACUCCGCCUAAGAAAAGCUUUCCUAUGGACAUCAAAUUCCACAAUGAUUGUGAUCCUUUUCCUAAUUUGAAGAAGGAGCAUAAAAAUAGGAGAGAUGAAAAGAAAGAAAGUAAACAUAGAGAGGGAGAAAGCAAAUACAUUGAUAAAAUGGUGGACAUUAAAGAGGAUAAAAAGCCAAAUGUUAACAUAUUUAUGCCAAAUUUAUGUGAUACUAGUAUUAAUUUAGACCUUGGCACUCCUAAACUUCACAACAGUUCUGAACGAGGGCACACUCCUAACCCGUCCAUACCACCAGAACAAAGCUGGCUUAUGCACUCUCCACUCUUUGCUUCCUUCAUAGCAGGAAACAUAGGGAAUAUGCUUUUUAGUAAUUCACUUAUGUCCCCAAGAGACAUGAAUGGUACUUACUUUAAUCUCCCCAAAAACGACUCAAACAAUCCAUUUGGUCCUUUUCUUGGUUUGCAGUCUGGCAUGUUAAAUGAGCAGCUGUUUAAAUCUCUCAGCGACAAGUCGAACAACCAGAAGCCCUGGUUUAGUAUACUGCCUCGAAUGCCCUGUGACGAGAGCAUACUUAGUUCGCCUCAACCGAGCAGAAAUUCCGGUAUGCACUCUCCUGCUAACAUUUGUUCACCAGAAAUGAGAAAUUCUUCUCGGAGUAUGCACUCUUCUCCAUCAUCUAAUCAAGUUCCACCUGGGCAAGCUGCUGCUGCCUUGUCAAACUUGCAAAUGGAGUUGAUGAAUGGUGUUGUGCCACCAGGGUUCUUUCUUCAUCCCUUUUUGCCACCUCAGUUUGGACCUACUUACCAAGCUCCACCAUCAUCUACCUGUUCAUCGCAUCACUCAUCCUUUACUUCUACAAUUUCACACUCAUCACCCAUGCCUGAUUUUAAUCUGAAUUUCAAUAGGCCACCUCAGACAUCUACUCCGAAUUCUAUACCAACCCCAAGUGCCACACCUGGACCUACUAACCAAGGUUGUGCAACACCUACCUCAAGAGAUACACCCUCACCGUGUUUUGCUAAACGCCUGAUGAUGGAAAAAGCUGCUCAGGAAUAUGAUCAUCCUUUGCCCAUUCCAGUCGAAUUGCAAAAAGGUUGGUGGCGAAUCACUGAUCCUCAUCAGCUGAAAUUAGUUAUCAGUGCUCUUCAUCAUCGUGGCAUCAGGGAAAAAAUGUUCCAAAAACAGUUACAGAAGCACUUCACAUUCGCCUGCACAUCCUGUUCUCAAGGACAGAAUAAAGACACUGAAUUGGACAUUACUGAUCAAGACCAAGAAGUGUCCAAGAUGGUGGGUAAUGCUCCUGAACUAGAGCCUGCUGAUUUCUGGUACCCAGAUAUUGCUCUUCGUGUUGAUAUGGGUAUUCUCGAGCAAGUUGAAAACCUGGAAGAAAAAGUUGAUGGAUCUAGUAUGCAGAUAAAGUUCUGGAAACCUCCUCCAAAACUGUCGACAGAUCCUCUUACAAAAUUCGUCCCAGCCUGUGAACAAUGGACGUCACUAACAUCUGAUGAGAUCUACAAUGCUAUCAAAGAAAGACAGAUGCGGAAAGGGUCUAAGAAGAGUUCUUCGCGUAAGAAGAAACCUGUUAAGAAGGAACUUGAGCCUUUGCCCUUAGAAGAAGAUCCAGAAAAGAAAACAGAGGAUGAUGCUGUUGAACCUUCACUAAAUGAUACUGAGACAAGUGAAAUAGUUGAACCCAUAGCUGAAGAACCUGAGAAGCCUUUAAUUGAAGAAGGCCAUAGGACGGAGAGUGAAUUUAUACCUCUACCAUCUGGUAAGCUGAAUCCAGUUGACGAAGCUAAGAGGCGUCUCUUGAAAGUAGAAACUGCAAUUGAGAGGCGGUACUUAAGGCCUCCUUUGGGCAUAAGUGUAAAUGAGUUAAAUCGAUCAGCUGCCCUUUCUGCAAGUUCUUCUAGUAACAACACCAGUUCAAAUGUGGAUGGUACAGAUGAAGAACUUAUUCCUGCUGGAUUAUUAAAAUGGAGAAAUGCUGUGGAAAUGUGCAAAACUGCUGCUCAGCUCGCUAUGUGUGUUAACUAUUUAGAAAAUUUCACUGCUUGGGAUAAAUCCAUUAUGAGAGCUAGUUGUCAAUUUUGUCACAGUGGUGACAAUGAGGAAAAACUAUUAUUAUGCGAUGGCUGUGAUAAAGGUUAUCAUACUUAUUGUUUCAAACCUGCAAUGGAGACUAUACCAGAAGGAGAUUGGUAUUGUUUCGAAUGUCUGAAUAAGGCUACUGGAGAUAAUGUCUGUGUGAUUUGUGGAACUAAGGGUAAACUAAUAAAAUGUGAAACAUGUCCGAAGACCUUUCAUCUUAAUUGUUUGGAGCCACCUCUUGCAAAAAUGCCUAAAGGAAAAUGGUACUGUUCUGGUUGCAGCUUAACUAGACCAAAAAAAUCAAAGAAGAGUAACUCUAAUAAAGAAAAGGAAGCACCCAAGGAAACAAAAGAAGCAGAAAAACCGGAGAAACCCGAAAAACCUAAAAAAGCCGAGAAAGAUCAAACUCCUAAGUCCAAGAGUUCUGAAAAGAAAAAGAAAGAAAAGGAAAAAGAGAAAGAAAAGGAGAAAACACCACCUCCUGGAAAUAAAGACCUAGCACCUUGCGGCUCCAUCUUAGAUGAAAUGCAGAAACAUGAGGAUGCCUGGCCCUUUUUAACUCCUGUUAAUACUAAGCAAUUUCCUACCUAUCGUAAAGUAAUUAAAAAGCCCAUGGAUAUUCAAACUAUGCGUGGUAGAUUGGAUUCUGGACAAUACAAAAAUAGGGAAGAGUUUGCCAACGACGCACGCUUAAUCUUUGACAAUUGUGAAACUUUUAAUGAAGAUGACUCUCCUGUAGGGCAAGCGGGUCACUCGAUGAGGGCAUUUUUCGAAACUAAAUGGUCUGAACUAAGCAGCACAUGAUAACCUUGCCUACACUAAUAUUUCAACUUUAUAAAAGAGUGAUCAGGUAUGCCAGCUAAAAAAAAAAAGGAAGUCGUCUGCCGUGACCAUGUCCAAGUGCCUGUAGAGAACUUUGCAGGUGGUUGCACAUCUGUAAACUCAUUAUACUUUCAUUUUUUAUAUCAAGUCGCACAAAAAAGAACGCUGGACUGCAUUCGUAUUGUUCAACUGUUGAUGUCAUCAAAUCAUAUAAUCAUCACUUAAUUUAUGCUUAUUUAAAAAUGAUCUGUGUCUUUCCUUUCCCCCCACAUGAUGUGUUAUAUUGUCUAAUUGUUGUGUUUUUUUAGAUCAAUUGUAUCUAUUUUUUCACAUUUUUUUGUAAAAUUGUUAUACUUACUUAUUUUUUAGUCAUAGGAAAAAAAAACGAGAAAAAAAAUUAUCAUUGUUGUAAAUAUUUCAUAUAAAUGUUGAAGGAAUAUUUAUAAUUUCAUAACCACAUUGCUCAAAAAUUAUUUUAUCGUUUUCCCUCCCCCCUGUGAAUCAAAAAUAGUUUGCUUUGUCUAUCAUUCACAUUUAGUGUGAUUUAAUUUUUUCAAACAUUAUCUUAUCUGUCCAAUUGUUCUUCAUGAUGUGAUGUUCAGGGAUUAAAUAGCGUUUUAAAAAUCUUUGCAUACAAUUAUGACCUCUCAGAAUUUCAGAUGGUUUUAAGUCAAUGCCUCAAAAUAUACAAACUACACUCUUCUAAUGCAGAUGUGUCGAUAUUCUGCUUUACCAACCUCACAAAAAACUGGUGUAAGGUGAUGAGGUGUUAUCUCUAUUAUUUUAUGCAUGCUUCGGCUAUUACUUCUAUGUACAUUAACACGUGCAAUUGCUUAAGACUAAAGCAAUUGGAAUAUAUAAAUAUUAUAUAUAUAUACAUAUAUAUAGAGGGAUAUUUGUACGAUACCCGUGCAGUUCUGUUUUCAAAUAUAGAUAAUUGACGAAUUAUUUUAAAAAAUUGUAAAAAUGAUUCCCCGGUGACUUUAAUCAAUGAUUAAACUUUGUAUGAUGUUCCAGGCAUUUGAAAAUAUUUUUAAUUUGCUUUACAAAAUGAAAGUUGUUAUAGGUAGUUCUUGCAACUUGCUGUAAAAUAUAAAAUUUGUUCCCUGAAACUGGAUUAUUUGGUGUUUGAAAAUUUAUGAUUAUCAUAAAAUGAAUUACAUUUCUAGUUAAUAAAACCUAAUGAAAAUUUUACAAUUUGUUUUUUAAAACAAGAUUUUUGCGAUUCUUGUUAAAAGUACUUAAACAUCAAUAUCAUUAACCUUGACUUGUAAGUUUAAAGUUAAAACUUAAGUAGUUCUAACAGAAUAAGAUAAAUUUCAGUUGGACCGGACCUAUAAAAAAUAAUUUGGAAACAACGUUUUUAAACAUGACUAAAAAGCGAAAUAAUCAUUGUAAUUUGACUUCGGUCAAUAUUAUUUUAAUUAUUUCCAUUCUACAACAUUAAAAUUUUACUAGUGUAAUUUGACUUGUUUCUUCAUUCAAUGUUUUUCAUCUAAAAAGGAAAAAUGGAGUAUAGAUUUCUAUUUUAGUAUCUUAUUUACUAUGACUUUAAAUUAUCAUAAAACAUUCUAACUUUAAAGACUAUUAUAAAGUAUUUCUUUUAUUGCAGAAAUACUUCUUUUUAAAAAAAAAAAAAUUCAGAAUUUUCGUAAUUUUUUUUUCAAGGUUGUUAAAAGUCAAUAACUCAUAACAAUAAUCUAGUUUCAGAAGCAAUUUGUAGUUUGAAAACCUAAGCCAUGUUUAUAAGUUGUACUGGUCUGGGAAAAAUCUGUCAUUUCUUUCUUAUUAGCUCAUAUUUCUACAGGGGCUUAUCUUGGCUUUAUGUUGUGUAUAUAAAUGUUUUUUUGGAAAAUGCACGAGUAACUCAGGAAAAAAAAGUUUUAAUAUCUACCUAUUGUUUUAAAGGCACCCUUGCUGUAUUAAUUGUUAUUUGUACUUUAAAUUUAUGAGGUGCUGCAUUUUUUAGUUUUUGUUGUCCCUUUCUAUUUUUUAAUACUGCCAAAACAUUUUCUGCGCUUCUAUUUUUGAACUGUGUCUUGAAAUAUUAGUGUCAGUAAAUUAAUUUGUUACACACUGUUUAGCAGACCAUGAGAUUAUUUACUUGAUUUAAAAAUGGUCUUUCAUUUUGUAUUUUGCAACUAUAAAAAAUGUAUUUUAGUCGCUGCAACUGAAACAGCCACUGUCAUGUAUUACUAUUAUUUUCUUUUUACAAAUAGUUUAUUUGUCAAUCAUAUUUUUCCUGUUUUACUGUUGAGAAUUUAAUUCACUAAUUCAAGAGUCUUUUUCAGGAUAAUAGAUAAACUUAAAGAUACUUCUGUGUUUUAUGUGACAUGCAAUAAUUGCAUUUUUUGUGCACUCACCUAGUGAGUUCAAUUCGUUGUGGCUUUCUACGUCUGCCUGUUUAGUAUUGUACAUGAAUGGCUAAAAGCCAGUUAGUUUUUAAAAGUAAGCCGUUUUAUAUUCUCUAAGUCCAUGUAUAAAGUACCUCGUGUAUUAACUGUUUGUCACCAUGAAGAAGAAGAAAAAAAAAUCAAACUUGGGUAAGUCUUUACACCUUUAAUAUAAAUAAAUUAAAGAGAAAUCAGAGACAAAUUUCUGCACCAGACAGUGUCUUGACGAUGAAUUAUAACCUCCACUGUACCUCUCAACUAAACCAGGAAAUGGCUCUUCUCACUUAAUCUGGUUGGUUAUCUGUUUUAAGUGAUUAGUUAUAGGUUGUGACUUGUUAAACUGCCAGGAUUUGUCUCAACAGUUAUUGUAUAAUUUGUACAAGAUGAAUAAAAAACGAAAUUUCUUUGGCUCA